AUGAAUAUUUUUACUGCGUUCCUGAGUGCAUUGAGGGUGAGUCUCGUGAUCAUCUUUCCUUGCAGCUUUGGCGAACACCGCGAUCAAACGUAAAGCGCAUGCGCGAUGGAGUUUGUGUCAGAUGGAGUUUUACUGACAUUAAACACUCUUAAUUUUUUCGACAUAAAUGUUUUUUGCAGUCGAUGGGAGAGGCCAAGUCAACAUUUGGUGACAGAGAUGUGCGAUCUACAGCUGACAAUCUUGUUAUGGUGAGUGAAAUAUACAGCACAGUGGUUAAUGCUUCUUCUCUUAAUCUCUCCAACCAACCGUUCGAUGACUGCAAUGUGCAGUUUGUCUGAUUAUAAUUUCACCUCCGUCGCAUGUGAAGACUCAAGAGUGCUUUCAGUUGAACUCUACAUGCUUGUUUACAGACGCAAUUUUUGUUGUGAUUUUAGGUGCGAGUUUCUUCUUGUGAUGGAUGUGAACGAGUGGGAUGAGUUAUGAAUGUUCAAAUGAGGAUAUAUAUGUUACACAUUCACAACUCACCUAUACUCGUUCACAUGCACCAAAAGAAGAAAAUCGCACCUAAAAUUGUUAAAUUUGCAGCAAAAAGUGGAGAAUGAUGCAAAUGGGCCUUUAUAAACCCUACGAUGUUGCAUUGGAGUUAUCGAGCUUGGAAAGACUGUCGGCCUAUCGGGACAAUCUCUGUGAUGAUCUUUUAGUAAAGGUCUCCCGUAAUACAGAGGACAAAUUGCAUAAUCGUUUACCUUUUAAUACCAACAGAAACUUGCCUUUAAGAAACAUUAGGAAAUUUGCUGUCCCCAACUGUAAUGCGGACCGUUUUAAAAAUUCCUUUAUUAACAUUACAGCUAGUCGUUACAAUGAGUUUUAUUGUAAAUAGUUAUAUAGUUUUUAUGAUAAUUUUUUAAAUUACCUGUUGUAAACAUAAUCAAUUCAGUUUGUAAACUGUAAUUUAUGUAUAUUUAAUAAACUACUACUACUACAGUUUUCACCGGGUAGAUUUAUGGCGGGUACUCCGGUUUUCUCCCGCAGUGACACCGGAUAAUUGAUGACUGCAACUUGACCUCUAGAUAGAACAAACUAUAAUUGAUAGAGCUAACUGAUAUAAAUAAAUUUGUUUUUGUUGUUUCCCUUCUGUAGAAACACUGUACCAAUAAGGGUGACACGUAUUGACCUCUGGGGAGAGCAAUAUAGAAUUGAUUCAGCUAUUUAGUAAAGAUAAAGUUUUAAAAUAAAUAAACUUUUCUAUCAAGUCUAAUUUGUUCAUUUAUGUUUCCUUGCAGAGUGCUUUGAAUAAUUUAGAUCCGAUUUUAAGAUGCGCAGCUGCCGAGGCCCUGGGGCGAAUGGCACAGGUCGUAGACGAGCCCGCGUACGUGGCACAGAUUGCCCAAAGUAUUUUCGCGAAGAUUCAAGGAUCACGUGACGCGGUAUCGCGUACAGGUCAUUCAAUCGCGUUAGGUUGUCUUCAUCGCUAUGUCGGGGGAAUGGGAGCGGGUCAACAUACACAGACCAGUGUUAGCAUAUUACUGGCUUUGGCUCAGGAUAUGUCAUCAUCUAUUGUUCAGGUAACGCUUAAAUCCUGUGGUCUUAAGGCCCAUUUUUCCACUCAUGAAAAGUUUCCGCAGAUAGAAAAUUUUGUAAAGUGUGAUUGGCCGACACAAAUUUUCCGUCGGAAAAAAUUUUGAAGUUGAAAAUAUUCAACUUUUGACAAUGAUAUUUUCGGAAAAUUUUUUGUCCGUGGAAAUGCGAGUUCGGAUUCCUCUCGAGACCACGAAUUUUUCAUUGUUCUCGGCAGUGUCAGAAUCAUAUGAAACUAGUUUUUCAUAUCUCUGAGUGAGGGUGGUUCUGCAAUUAAAGUCCUGCGACCGAGCGAAAAUUUAUUAGCGUUUUAACAAAGUUUCAAUGAAUCCACGUCAUUUUUGAAAAUAACAAAGUCCAUAGACCACACAAAUCAACAAAUCUGCAUGAACAUUAAAUUUUCAAAUCUUUCCUCAACAAUGUUUCUUAUACAGUUUACCCAGGGGCUUAUUGUCUUUAUUUACUGUAGGUUUGGGCGUUACAUGCUUUGGCAUUGAUAGCAGAUUGUGGUGGUCCAAUGUUCAGAAGUUACGUUGAACCAACUUUGGAACAGGUGAUGUCUCUCCUCUUGUCAGUCCCGCCUUCCAGUACUGAGAUUCACCAGUGCCUUGGCAAGUGCUUAGCUGCUUUAAUCACCAGUAUUGGCCCAGAACUCCAAGGUAUUUUCAUGAAACUCCCUUCAGAUUUCGUAUUAAUUUAUGAAUUAUCAAUUAAUUGUUCGUUUUAUCAUUUUUGUACUGGGCGUGUAUAUAUCAGUGUGUAGAGGUAUUUUUUAAAGCUAUUUCUAAUGAAUCACUAUCCUUGCACUUAUUAUUAUUUAUUUAUUCAGUAAAAACUUAUAUAAAAGAACCGGUGUAUUAAGAAGAACUACCAGUCAGAUUUAGACAAUUAAGCGCCUAAUAUACAAGAACCAUUUCAAUCUUACAAAUACAGUGGGUUGGCUCUUGAAAACCUCAACUUUAGUACUUAUAGUUGAAGUUGAAGGCAUGUUUUAAUGCCAGUAACAAACUGUUACACACUCAAUUUAAUCCCAAAACAUAGUUUCAUUAUUUAGUAUUUAACAUUUCUUUCCAAUUCCGGACGCUUUUAAAUAGCGAAUAAUGAAUGUACUGUAAUCACUGUUAUAUUUAUUAGAAUAGAAUUUAAAUUAGCAAUAUAUAACAAUUGUUUUUGAUAAUCUGUUUUAAAUUUAUUGUUUAGACACGUCGACGUCUAUCAAAGAUCUUCGGUCUGCUUGCUUAGUUGCCGCUUCAGUCAUGCAAAAUCAUCCCGACUCAAUUGUCCAAUCAGAAGCCAUCUCUUGUCUACAGCAGCUUCAUAUUUUCGCGCCAAGACAUGUCAACCUCUCAACAUUGGUCCCCAGUCUCUGCACGAACCUUUCUAGCGCACAUCUCAUUCUUCGUCGGGCAGCCGUCGCCUGUCUCCGCCAACUGUCGCAACGUGAAGCGAAGGACGUGUGUGAGCAUGCGCUGGCGUGUAAGACCGAUACAGAGCAAUCCAAGUCCACGUACCUUGUCACUAUUGGCCAUGAUGGCUUAGGAGGUAGAAGAAUACACACGUAAAAUUUUCACAUCUUUUUGGCAACAACAUGUUGACGUAACAAGCUUGUUGGAAGUUGUGGCAAGCUUAUUGUCAUCAAGCUUGUUACAACCAUUGAACUAUAAAUAAACUGGAAGGCUAACUCAGGGGGGGAAAUUGAAGCCAGUGCAUUUUAGUUUUUCUGAGUUAUGAGCAGAAAUACUCAACACUGAACGUUGGGCUAUAUAUCAAAUUGAAGCUAUUGAAAAACGCUAUUUGGUGUAGAAAUUUCAAGACUUUAGCUAAAAGGGAAAUAUUGAAAAACUACAAACAUAAUUACCGAUAAUUUGCCGUUUUGCAGUUGUUUUUGUAUUUUUUAAAUAUUUUUCUUUUCGCUGAAGUCUUGAAAUUUCCACACCGAAUAGCAAUUUUCAAUAGCUUCAAUUUGAUAUAUAGCCCGACGUUUGGGGUCAAGUAUUUCUGCUCAUAACUCAGAAAAACUAUUUUGGCUUCAUCAAAUCAUAGGCCUUCAUCAUAGCAGUUAGCCUUCCAGUUUAUUUAUAGUUCAAUGGUUACAACACGUUGGUUUGCAAACCUGUAGCAAGUUAUGUAAACCCUAGCCUGUGAUCAGUCUAUAUUUGCAGGCUAUGUAAACCCUAUAUGUACCCAGUAAAACUGAAAACUUCGACGCGUCAAGUCCCUUUGUUGGGAAGUUAGGCCUGUUUCAAAUUACGUCGUGCUUCUCAUGUGCCGAACGAAUUAGAAACAACAGAUAAUUUCUGAUUAUAUAUUGUUUUUAAUGCGUUCAGCACAUGAGAAGCACGACGUUUGAAACAGGCCUUAGUUUCUUAUAUAGAAGUAUUUUCUGUAUAUUCUUAACCCGAAUCGUUGAUACACAUUUUAGGAGCACUAUUCGGAAUGCUGGAUACAGAGGUUGAUCGUGGUCUGAGAUCAAAUAUUCAAGAUUGUUUGAACAGUAUGUUACAAACGUUAGCACCAGACGAUCUUACUCAUUGGCUGGGAUUGUCUAAAAAUGUUUUAUCUGCCGCGAAAACUGAAGACGAGAGGAAGGCUAAAGGUAGGAUGGUGUCUCCUUACGAUGGUAUCUUCCAAAUCUUUAGGUUUACGGCAAACGGCUAACCAGGGGUGGAAAAAAUAGGCGAGCACGCGAGCCGAGCAGGAAAUGUUAAACAGCUGCAGGAAAUUUGUUUGAAUGAAGAUUUGUUAUUGAAAAUUUGAGAGAAACCUUAACACCGAUGUCCCACUAUGGGCGCAACAACAUAUGGUUGACAGACAAUUAUUCCUUGAAUUUAAAACCAUGGUCAGCUAGAACACUAUAUGUUUAUGCACAUGCAGAUUUAGCACAAAAAUACUCCGUUGGUCUGCAGAAACGUUUGUCUCCAGGUUGUGCUCCGAGGAAGAAAAUUCUUUUUUCCUGCCCCGCCGCUAACUGUAAACGGGAAACUGCAAAUCGAUUUUGACCAUAAGUUCCACGCAAUUUCUGCGGCAAAGAAAUUUUUGGUAUUUAGGUGCUAAAGCAGUUUUACACCCUCCACGUUUUUAAACUGAAGUAUUUCCUUUGUUAAGGUGGCGAUGAUGAAGAUGAUGAAAGUGGUGGAAUGGGGGCAUUUAAUAAAGUGGAAGAGACGCAUCCUACCGUCGCACCAAGAUGGCCGACUCGAGUGUUUGCAUCGGAAAGUGUGCAGAAGAUCAUGAGUGUGUGUGAACAGCAGAGAGCUCAUUUUGAUCUCGCUUUGGCACGAGAGUUGAAGAAAGAUACUGGCAAAGGUAUUUAUAAGUUAUAAGUUAUGUAUGAGCGGAAUGUAUGCAUGAAAGAAAAGUGCUUUCAGUGUGACUCUAUACCAUGAAAUACCAUCAAGUUUUGGUAACACAGUGGUUAAUUAUAGGGUGAGAUUGUCCCACAAUAAACCCUUCGUGGUAUGUGAAAAAUAAGCCAAAACAAUGAGCCACUAUUCAUUCUUCCACUAAUUGAUGUUGGCUAAAUUUUAGGUGAUUAUCUUGUGAUGCAUUUAUCCGAGUUAGUUCGUUUGGCAUUUAUCGCUGCUACGGCCACGUCAGAUCAACUCAAGCUAGAGGGACUCAAAACACUUCAGGUGUGAAUGUGCAAUAGAACUUUGUCGAUUUGUAUCAUUUUAUACGGGGUGAGCGUUACAGAGCAGUAGAUGAUGGUCAACUUCAGAAUUGUUGACACUUUAUGGGAGUAAGAAAAUCAAACUGCAUCAUUCAUCUGCCAUCAAAUACAUAACUACUGCAUAUAAUGAAAAGAGUAAACAUUUUCACACCCAGAAAACUGUCAACAACAUAUACAGUAUACUGUACAGAGACAUAUAUACUGUCCGACUUGGCAAAAAUCCCAUAGCUGGGUGAGCCAGUGCGCUUCCCCCUCCUCAGAACGUAUAAAACAAGCCCGCCAUUUUGAAUGGUUUCUGAGGGGGGGGGGGUGACGACCUCUCAUUAGUGAACAUGGCGGCCGGUUACGCUGACAUCAAAGGCGCCGCCAAGGAGUCGUUCCUCUGUAUAGUUUAUACUCUGAGACUAACCAUAGUCUACGGAACACGUUCCCACGAUUCACUUAUUGCAUUCAUAAACGAAUACCAACAUUUGCUUAUGCGUUUAAUGGCUUUAUAUUUAUUAUCUCAUAGGAAAUUGUGAAAAUGUUCUCUACUGUGGAAGACCCGGAUUAUGCUGGUCACGUGAUACUGGAACAAUUUCAAGCACAGGUGACCUCUUUUAUUCUUAUAGAAAUAAGAUGUACCUUUGUUGUGUGUGGAGAGCAAACAUAUUGCACCUAUGUGAGAAAUGAGAAACUGGCACUUUGAUUAGGAUUAGGGAUACGAAUAGGAACCGGGUUAGGAGUUGGAUUAGUCCUAAGAUUAAGAGCAGUUUAAGGUUAAAAAUUUAAAUGAACUUUUUCUAAAGGUUGGAGCUGCUCUGAGACCUGCUUUUGCCGUGGAUACACCAGCUGACGUCACUGCUAUGGCGUGUGAGGUAAUUGUCCUGAUUGCUCAAGAAUAUGAUUGGUUAGAAAUGCUUGUAGCAAUAGAUCCAAUCAGCUGAUCAGGCCCUGGGUACGCGGUUGAAGUUACUACUGCUCUGAUAAUGUAAGGAUAGAAUGAAACAAACUGUAUGAACCAUGAAUUUUCGUAAAUCUAUGAAAUACAGGCAGGAAAAAAAUUUUCUUCCUGGAAGCAGAACCUGGAGACAAAACCGGAGUAUUUUUGUGUUAAAUCUGCAUGUGCAUAAACAUAUAGUGUUUCUAGCUGACCAUGGUUUUAAAUUCAAGGAAUAAUGUCUGUCAACUAUAUGUUGUUGCGCCCAUAGUGGGACGUGGGUGUUAAGGUUUCCUUCAAAUUUUGAAUAACAAAUCUUCAUUCAAACGAAUUUCCUGCAGCUGUUUAACAUUUCCUGCGAGCAGUGCUCGCUUAUUUUUUCCACCCCCUGAUGAAAUAUCGAAUUUUAUGAAUUUUGCUUCUUUAAGGUUUGCAGCACGUGGAUUGCCAGUGGCGUCUCGUACGAUCUCAAUGACGUCAGACGAAUACAGCAGCUGCUAGUGACGUCAUUGUCUAAAUUUGGAACCGAGCAAGACUCGUCUUCUCAGCUGUACAAUGAAAGUGCGAACACAAUGGAGAAACUCGCUGUCUUGAAAGCCUGGGCUCAGGUAGGUUUUGUAGUGCUAUCCACACGAUCGUAUAUCGCACCAAACAUGCUAAACUUGGAAAACUAUAAAAAUUUAUAUUUAACUUUAUUUUUCAUUAUAUUAGUGUUUGAGUAUUUUCUUGCGAACUCGCAAACUUUUUUGAGCAACAAAUCAAUACUCGCUCAAGUAUUUUUCUUUCAUUGUACGUGUAGGAGAGCAUGAUUAGCUAUGUAGGUCGAGGAUAGGCUAUUGCUUAAGAUGGGUAAAUCCCAGGGAUAGAUCAAGCACGAUCUGAUAGGGGGAGGUGAGGUGUUCAUCCAAUGGUUAUGACUCAGGGUGCGAAACAUGGCAGAGAUCAGAGGCCUUAUUGUAGUAAUGGUGACAGGAUAUUGGCUUUUCCAAAGUGAAAAAAAAAGAUUUGAUAAUGAAAUUGGCACCCACCAUCAUUCACUUUACCAUUACAGGUAUAUAUCGUUGCAAUGAAAGAGCAGAAUUCACAGAAGGCUUCUCAACAAUCCUCUAAUGCUGAAGACGUCCCGGCUGAAAUACAAGAACCACUUAUUUCAUUGGUAUCGUCACAUAUCCAAGGUCUCAGCCACUACUGGCUAGGAGCUCUCAAAGAUUAUGGAUAUCUCUCGUUACCUGAAGAGUAUGCCUCUCAACUUCCGCCAGGUGGAGGAAUGUUUUAUGGGUAAGGUUUUCUCUAAUCACUUAUUCGUUUGGAAAGAAAAUUUGUAUUUGUGUUGUUCAUGACGCAUACUGUAGGUUAUAUGUCUGAACUAUCUGGAAAAAAUAUUUCAAACGUGGUGAUCCAAUGUAGGUACAUGUAUUCCUUUAUAAUAAGCUGCUGUGGAUGGCUACAGCAGUUAGGAGGCUGUGGAGCAGUGCUACCUCUAUAGUAUAAGGGCCAACUCCAACGUCAAAACUUCAAAACUUAGUUGAAUUAAGAUUUAGGAGUUACAGGCCAACUGCAAAUGUGAAAGCAGUGGGGCUACCUUUCUAAAUGUAUGGCUAAUAACUUCAAGAAUCGUAUGCAGAACCACCUGGAAUUACUGGCUAACAGCUCCACAAUUUAUGUGCAGCUAGUUAUCUUAGUCUGGAGUUAAUGGCUAACAACUCCGAAAAUCAUGAAGCCCGGACGUAGUGGUUCAAUAGGGAUUUUUCCUGUUUCCUCUCCUGUUACCUACGCCCCUUUUCUUUAAUUAUUUUAUAAAUUUGCAACAAAUUUCAAUAAACUAAGCUAAGCUAAACUAAACUAAGCACCAUUAGAAGUUGGCUACCUCCACAAAAUAAAAUCUACUAAACUACAUCUACAAACAUGCUGCCGUGAUAUGUGUCUGAAGUAUCUUAAAAAUUACACACAUUUUGGCGGGGGUAUUGUAUUUGACGACAAAAGGGCGUUUGCAAUGCAUUGUUGAUUUCAUAUCAUAUCGUGCCUUUCAGACCUGAGUCAAUGAACGAAUCAAAAAUUCACUAUCAAGAAGCAUGGCCUCCAAUACUUCAUGCUGCCGCUCUGUGGCUGAAUGCUGAAGGAUUUGAGAAUGCUGCAAAAGAGGUGGAAAAUAUUUCCAAAGGUAAGAAUUUUAACCCUGGAUCAGUUCUCCCUGGAGGUUCAGUAAAGGCCGAUUUACUAUACAUAACUUUUGCUUAAAACUGUCUGCAUGCAAUCUGCUUACAACUUGAGUUGCAUUUUUUAAAUCAAACACACAACUCAUCUUUUUUGAUUCAGUCUUACUACAGGUGGAAAUCUAAACCAAACUUUGUUAUACUGGAUAGCUCUAUUUCUAUAGCUCGGUUCGAAACUAGUCUCCCUACAGAUCGAGUAAGGCCAUCCCUCUUUUGUUCGGUGUUGGUGAUGAAACCGGAGUACCCGCAGAGAGCUGUUUGGUAGUGAAACUCAUGUGACUGAGGCGAAAUUAUGUAAUCUGACAAAUGUACAAUGCAGGACUCGAAACUGGACUGUACUACUGUAGACGAAAGACACAUGCAGUAACCCAACCUAGCAAGCCAGGGUCUUUAUUUCCACUUCCUUCCUCAAAUGCGGGAAGUAAAGAGCCUGACUUGUGAGCCACUAUGAAGACUGACUGAGCUAAAAGGGUUGAAAUUAAUGUUGUAUUUCAGGUAAUCUUCCUAAUACAAUCCUAAACGUUCCCCGGACUCCGAAAUCUCCAGAAGAUUUGAGUACUGAACGUUUUCACUUGGUUCUUGGAUUGUGUGUCAAAGCCCUGUGUUCAACACGUCUUACUUUUUCUGCUGGAACUGUGACGUCAUGUGUUAAUGCGGUUAACUGCUUGCUCGAAGCACCGUGGGCUCGCGAUUGCAUUGGCAGUGAUAGUGUAAGUGAAUAUGAAUGAGGGUAAAUGUUAGAAAUUUAUUGGAGUAUUAGAGGCACAGUACCUGGACCUUUCACCUUUUGCAACUGGUGCUCAUUCUUGCAAUCUGUAACUUGACUUCUGUCCGUUUGACUUUGCCAGACUUCACAGGUUAUCUUUGGGUAUUCCUUUUUCCUCCUAUAAUAACACUCGUCCAGUGUAACCAGAUUUGCUAAAAUAUUUUAGUUUUGGUAGAAUUUCGUCAAUUUUGGAAUUAGUAAUAGAUUUUUUAGUAAAAUUUUGGUAAAAUUUUUAGAUAUUUUAUUAAUUCAGUUUAUGCCAAGUUAGUAAAUGUUCAGUUAAAUGGAAGUUCAUUUAUUGCUUCAUAUUUCAGAUGCUAUCAGUAGAGCUACUCAACGUACUCCAUCGACUGUUACUUACGCGAGACUCUCUCGCGAGUCACGUGGUGAUAAUGAGCACUGUCUCGCGUGUGGUCCACGGGACUCGCGACGUCCUCGCGCGAAAGCGAACAGAAAGCAGCACAAGUGACCUGGGAGAAAGUGAAAUUGAACCGGGCAAAUCUGUCGUGUUUGGUGCCAUGGAAACAUGCAUGUGUUUACUGUCACGGUAUUUCCCGUCAAUUCUUGCUGAUUCGGAGAAGCCACAACUAAAUCCUAGGUUAUCUGUGCAGAGUAAAGGUAUUGUAUGUUGGUCUCGCUGAAAUUCCUGAUCGUGUUGAAGUUUUCCGUAUCUUCCACCUUACUAAACUUCAUUUUCCAUAUUUAGGAGCAUCAGUUGAAUUCAGUCAAAUUCUCUCCAAGACCGUCUCAAUAUUAUCCAUGGUCCCAGAUCUUUGCACAUCACAGGCCAUCUGUGAUAUUCUACCAAUCAUAUUACGGCUAGUCUCGUGUGUCUUUGAAGAAGCCGCCUCCUACGAGGUACCGCUGGUCGAGGCCAGCCAGACCGUGGUCGGACCUAAAAUGCCCCAUGUUGUCUCGUCAACUCUGAAGGCGCUGAAAGAGCUCGUGGGCUCACAACGGUUGAUACAAAACGAACAUUCAAAAGAGUUUAUCAGAUAUUUCCAAAGGUAGGAAAGCUUUGAUAUUCCCGGAGGUAAACCAAAUCAGUGAACGCGUGUUAACGUAAGGAAAGCAGAGGCCUGGCGAAAACCUGCGCUAAACCGGGACUAUUCUUCUGUCAUGAAACCGAUGUGAAAUUAAAAUCAGAAAAGUGCAUACUCCAGGAAUCGGACUUUGGUAGCUGAGGUGAAGCAUCACUUAGCCAGCAAUACUCUACAGGGUGUAUAAACUACUGGGUUACCAGCCUCGGAAUUUCCCAAGAAAUCGACAUUGUUUUAAGGACAAAAGAUUUUAGGCGCCUGGGAAUUUAAAAUAGCACAACUGUCAAAAUUACUGCACACACGAGUGCAUAAAGCAAAAUUUAUGCGACAUUUAAUAAGUUUUUAUUUUACAAGUACAGUGCAACAACAGUAAUAUGAUCUAUUAGCAAUUCGAUUUCAAUUCCCAGGGGCCUAAAAUCUUUUAAAAUUUCGAGGUUGCGUUUUUUUUAUACAUCCUGUAGUCUGGUUUCCAUAUGGUCGUAACGGUCGUAAAGAUUGAGUCACAAUCUUUCUCAUCAGCCGAAACACAACAUUUUACAACUGAAAAUACGCGGAAUGGUUAUAACUAGAGAGUACUUAAGUAUGAUAUAUAUGUGGUUUCCAGGUAUAAACUAUUAUAAUCUGGCCAUUGAUAAAGAUCGUGACUCUAUUUUUACAACCACUACGACCAUAUGGAAACCAGGCUUAUCUAUACAAGAUGUCCCAAAAAUAUGCAUUGAACAUCUAGGUGACGAAUUUUGACACUAAGAUUAUUAAAAUUGGUCCAGAUAAGGGUGUUUAGAGUAAAGCCUGGUUUCCAUACGGUCGUAAACAUGUCGUAACUGUCGUAAAUGUCGUAGAGAUAGAGUCGGAGUCUAUCUCUACGACAUGUUAUGACACGCAGGGGUGGAAAAAGUAUCGGAACCUGGGAACCCUUUGAGAGUUUUGCAGAAAAUUUUCCAGAAAAUAUUUCAACAUUUUGAGAUAACUCUGUUUACUCAACUUACAAGUUACAACUAUUCUACUUUAUUUACACUGUACGCGCUAACAUCAGCAGCUUUUAAAUAUUUGACAGAAAUUAAUUAUUUUACCGAACAUCACAUUAUGAGGUAAAUGGUAAAUAUAUGUUCUGCAAAGUCUCCAAGAAAAUGCAAAUUAAAUAGUAAACAAAUAAAAGUGAUGGAAUAAAUAAGAUGAUAGGCCACGUAGUUAAGCGUUAGAUCCUUACUAGUUGGUCAUAACUCAUAACUGUGGUAUAUAACAGACAACUAUUGCGAUGUACGAGCAUACGAAAACCAGCCUAAAGCCUAUUAUUACUAAAGUACAAAUAAUACAAUAAUUAUGCAUUUGUUUUGUUAUUUUUGUAAUUGUAACAUUGCAUAUUUUACAGAAAAUUUCUAGCCUUCGACCCAGGUUACCAGAAAGAAAAAAAUUUUUUCCACCCCUGAUGACACAUUUAUGACUGUAUGGAAACCAAGCUUAAGGGGCCGUCUAACCUAUUGAUACACAACUGAGGCAUGAUUUCAAUGGUCCAUUGGAUGAACCAGACUUCAUUUUAAAACAACCAUAACAUUGAUUCUACUAGAUUAAUUUUAUUAAAUAAUCUUAGUGUCAAAAUUCAUCUCUCAGAUUGAAUUUUUUUUGUCCACUCAUGAUUAUCUGUGUGAAAUACUAAAAAACAACUAUUGCAAUUUUUUUAGACAUCUACCUUUCUAGACACCGACCUUUCUAGAUAGACAGGUUUAUUUUCUAUCAUUUAUUUUUAUUUUAUCUAGCUGUUUACUGACAAUAAUAACGCCGGCAAAAGAGCAAAGCUCCACACGUCGGGUCGAUGAAUGUAGUGUCAUGGCCGCCAUUGCAUUAUUCGUACUAGCCGCUCCCCCUGAUGCAACAGCCGUAGCCAGCUUGCAUGAAGAUUGUGUGGAUAUUUUUAUACGCUGUGUCAACUCAUCUGAUACAAACGUAAGUAUCGAGGGUUCACUGUGAGAUUUAAGUUUAAAUAAUGCUUGUGUUUUUAUUGUUGUCUUUGUAGUUAGUCGUAGUACAGUGUAGUUAGUCGUUGUACAGUGUAGUUGUAGUUGGUCGUUGUACAGUGUAGUUGUCGAAAACUGUGGUUGUUGUUAUUGUCGUUUGUGUUGUUAUUUUCUUCUCAUUUUCAUUUGUUGUUGCUGUUGUUGUUGCUGUUGCUGUUGCUGUUGCUGUUGCUGUUGCUGUUGCUGUUGUUGUUGUUGUUGUUGUUGUUGUUGUUGUUGUUGUUGUUGUUGUUGUUGUAACCGCAAUUGAUUUAGUUCAAUAUCCUAUUUAAAUUUAUUGUUUUUUUCCAGGUGCAGUUGAAAGCAAUCGAAACGUGUUACUCGAUGUUUAGUUCUGCAUAUUUAAGUCGUGUUUUAGGCUACAUCCACUCAGUUGGACCACAUAUUGUAUCCGUUGUCCAACAAGCUGCCAAGAACCCGCCCUCGUCAGAAGUAAAGUUGACUGUUGUCCAGAAAUCUAUUGACACAGUUGAACUGUUGGUUGGACUGGCCGAAGAAGAUAGGCGUAAGUGCAUUGGUCAGAUUUAUGAUAGAGACAUAUCUCAUGUCAAAACCCAUCAUUUGCCUUACGGUUCAUAGAAAAGGAGAGGAGAGUGAUCUAUACUGGCUAGGGUCGUAAAGCAAGGUCUUUGAAAAGUCUUUGAAUACACCCUUUCGAUAGUUACGUCACACGUACUUUUUGGUCUUGGAGCCUCGCUCUCAUUAGUAAAUUACGCAAGGUGAUUGGCUCACGAUUCAUGAGAGCGAAGCUGCCAGGCCAAAUGACGUAAUUAUUGAAAGGGUGUAUUGUAUGAAAAACGAAGAAUUUUUUAUGCACAUACAUGCCAUAUGCACAAGAAUGCAGUAUGCUGUAGUUUCAUGAGCUGUAUCAUAAUAUAGUAAGAUUUGUAAGUUUUACUAUUGUCUAAAAAACAACCAAAAAUUACCUGUUGUACCAAUACAAUGAGGGGAAAAUGUUUGUUGGAAAUUUCUCUGCUCAUUCUAAUCUGCAUUUAUCCUAUAUUGAUGCCUUAAUUUUAACAGAAACACUUAACGUAUACUGCAACUAAGCUUAGCUUCGCUUUUAGGUACUGAGCUACUGUCUAUCUAUCUACCGCUUCUUGUCAACCUUUUAUUGGACUCCUCGGUUUUGUCCGGCGCUACGAAGAUCUCCCGAAGACAACACGAGUCCGCUUUUCAGAAACUGCUCAGCAUUGGUCCGAAAUAUCCUGUUCCAUUUAAGACAAUCAUGGCGGGAUCUCCGGAGAUGAAACAACGACUGGAAAACGCGGUAAGAUCUAACCAAGCUAAAACAACCGCAAAAACAACAAGCCAACCUAAACAGACUAGCAGUCAACCCAAAAUUAAGUUAAAAAUGGACUUUAGUAAUUUUAAGUGAGUAUAUGAUUUUAUUGAUUUGUUAAGCCUCGCGGUUAUUCGGAGGAUGAGAGUUAAUACUACUUAGUUAAUAGAAGAGAUUGUUUGGAAACUCAUUAGAAUUACAAUAUAAGUUAUAUAACUCAUUAUCUAUGUAACAAAUACAAAACAUUUUCCGUGUUGAUAUACAGUUAUAUCAACACGAGUGGAAAUUGGGGAAACUCGAAAUUGUGUGGAAACACGAUGCCCAGUGUUUUCACACAACUCCGAGUUUUCCCAAUUUCCACUCGUGUUGAUAUAGUACUGUAUAUCAAUACGGAAAAAUGUUUUAUAUUUUUUAUAAUAUAACACAAAGAAAUAUAAAGAAAGAAAUUUUCCGUGUUGACAUUGAGUUAUGUCAACACGGUUCUUAGCCAAUCAGCGUUCAGAAUUUACAAAUGCUAUAUUAUAAAUGUUUUGUUUAUGUUUAUUCAGAAAUAUGGUUUUUCACCGUCACGUGCAUCAAUUAUUCUUACUCAAAUAACCAAUAGCAAUGUUUUACGAAAGUUAUAGCUAUCCGUGACUUGAACAAUUGGGUAACUUAAAUUGUUAGUGGUGGAUUUGGAAAAAAUACAAUGCACAUGUGACGAUGAAGGACACUAUUUUUGCAUAAACGUUGAGUGACAUAGAUAUUGUUAUUUUAAUGAAUUUGCAAACCAUAUCUUCUGUUAACUAUGAUAAUAUGAUGACAGGUGCAACUGUCACGCGCUCUCAUCGACUUUAACCCUACUUGGAGCUGGUUCAAAAUUUUCAGAUGAGAUUGAUUGAGAAUUAUUAAUUGCUUGUUUGACUGUAAUAUCUGAUGUACUGUCAUGAAAACUCUUGUCCUCAAUUAGUCGGGGCUGUUAGGGACCAGUAUUUCUCCAAAUCGCGGCUUAAUUGUAUUAUUAUUUUAGUUUAAAUUAGGGAUGAGCUGAUUAAUCGGUACGGCCGAUAAAUUGGCCGAUAUUUGGCGUUUUCAAAAUAAUCGGUAAUCGGCCGAUUAUUUUUUAUAAUCGGCUAUUUGCCGAUAUUCGCAAUUUUUUCGUUUUUUUAAAGGGGAAGUCAAGUCCGUAAUGUAAACAAACGGUUUGUUUACAUUUUAAACUGCUGUAUUUUUUAAAAUAUGAUGUACUACUGUCUGAAUAUUAUGCGCAGAACGGACGUGACUUCCCCUUUAAGAAAAAUAACUCUAUAAUCUAGUAAUCUACACUCCGUCUUGUUUUUGACACUUUUGUUUGCGCGUAUUUAAUCCCAUAUUGCGUUACUCGAGGGAAUAAGACCACUUGUAAGUUAAAAUCUUAUCAUUGUAUCUUAAUUAAACACAAAAUCACUGAAAAAAAUUUAGCCAAUUUGUCUAGACAGUAUAGACAUCUAGUCUACAGAUGUUGAGUGAAUUCCAAUUAUACAUUUAUAUUUUUACGUUUGAUUCAUUUGACUCGUACAGUGACGGAUAACUGUCCAAUAUGAGUAAAUAUUUCCCGGAACACACUAAAACUAGUACGUCAAUUUGUGGCGUAUACACAAGUAUUAAAAGUUGUCAAAAAACCCGUUAUCCGGCGCUUGUACCGGGUUUUAAACUUUUAUUCAACUUUUACACAGAAAUAUCGGCCAUAGCCGAUUAAUCGGCCGAUUAUUUUUUUAUAUCGGAUCAGCGAAUCGGCUUUUUUCUGGUAUCGGCUCAUCCCUAGUUUAAAUACUAUAUAGAAAUGAGAGAUUAUAUCACUUCAAGAAGUCAGAAAAUUUUUUUGUUCCUCACAUGGGAAUCCAACCAUGCACCUUAGUCCUUAGAAAUAUAAAAAAUAAUUGUGUAUAAGGUGAAAUAAUGGCGGAAUUCGAAUGCAAUUAUAACGAGGGAUUCGAUAAGUUUUCAUUAUCUAAAGUACAAAUUCCAGGAGAACCAUGCACUUGCGAUGUUGUGCACAUUUUACACAAGGAAACAUUGCAAGACUAAAGGUCAGCACGUGUGCACACGUAAAAACACACACAAGUUGUUACAGGUUUGCAAACAAGUUGUUACAAAUUAUCGAUAAAUUGUGUUCACACUGCUUGUUCCCAGUUGUUGUAAAGCGUUUGGA